AUGGCGAGGUUCCAGUUGGUGCGGGUCAGUCUGAACUGGACAGUACUUUUGAUUGUGGCCCACUUCACAUACCUGCUGGUUGGGGCCACCAUCUUCCAGAUACUGGAGCGGGAGGCUGAGAGCAACAACCGGAACUACUUCCAAUUGGAGAAGUUGAACUUUUUGGCUAACUACACCUGCCUGGACAGACCGGCCUUGGAGAAGUUUGUUCAGGUCAUUUUAGAUGCCUGGGAAAGGGGAGUGAAUCCUUCGGGCAACUCGACGAACCCCAGCAACUGGGAUUUCAGUAGCUCCUUCUUUUUUGCAGGCACAGUUGUCACCACUAUAGGCUACGGUAACCUCUCCCCCAGCACUGUAUCUGGUCAAGUGUUUUGUGUGUUUUACGCCCUGUGUGGAAUCCCGCUGAACCUGGCCUUCCUCAAACAGCUGGGCAAGUGUCUCACCGUCCACCUAGGUCGACUGGAGAGGGGAAUGGUCUCGGUUGUUCCACACAAGCAAACGGUUGAGGCUCUGGCCGUCAGCUUGUUCUUCAUCACAGGCAGCCUGCUGUUUUUGGUUAUCCCUCCUCUGCUAUUCAGUUAUGUGGAAGGCUGGACGUUCGGCGAGGGCUUCUAUUUCUCCUUCAUUACCCUCAGCACCAUUGGUUUUGGAGAUUAUGUGGUGGGGACCGACCCGGACAAAGAGUACAUCUCUCUGUACCGGAGCCUUGCAGGCAUAUGGAUCAUAUUUGCCUUGGCUUGGCUUGCUCUUAUCCUCAACAUGGGAGCCAGAAUAAUGGAGCAUGUGAUUGGCCUGACUCAUCCAGGCUUCAAGAAACAAGUGGAGGAGGAGGAGGAGGAGGCAGUGUCAACUAGGAAACUAGAAGACGCGUCAAAGAUCUGA